AUGGAGAAUCAGAUAUUGCUUGAUAUAAGAUCAGUAAUAGACAGUGGCCUUGUAACUGAAGUAUUUAGUCAAAAUAGUCCUGUUAGUUCUGAAGACUUUAAUCUGGGAACUGCAGUAAUUAAUAAUCCCUUUGAAGAAGGAUUGCUGUCUAGUGAAGACAAUAAUUUAUGCACUGCAAAUGUGGGAGAGACUUUGUUAGAUCACUUCAAGUAUCCACAUACCAUUGAAAAUCAAAAUACAAUAGUAAAAGUUGAAGUACAUCAGCACAGAAGCAACAGCUGUGAUGAUGAAGAUCUUGAAAAAUACAAGGAAUUAAAUCUUCCGGAAGAAGCUAAACAUAUGUCUUCUCCUUAUCUGCCUUCAAAUGGUGUCCACUUUCUUUCUUCUGUAGCAACACAGCAUAAAAAUUGCAGUCUUCCAACUUCAAGGAUUUUCUUUCCAGAAGGAACAGUCAAUCAAAAUGUCAGAAUGAUACCAGUGUUCAGAUCAUUCAUACCUCCAGUUACAGGUGAGAAUAAAUGUAUUUGCUAUGAUUAAUUUAAAGGAAUCCAAAACAGUACUAUGCAGUUACAAAACUUGACCAAUUACUUAAAUGAAUUUUCCAGUGAUAUCUGUGGCUUACCUCAAACUAGUGCUUCUGUCUAUGAUGAAAUAGCUGAGGUAAGAGAGGCAGUUGGUAAUGUUAUUGAGAAUCACGAAGACAGAGCAAUUUUUCAGAGUUCAAAUGUUGACGAGUCUGGCUGCAAGUUAUUAGCAUUGCACAGUGUAGCAGAGGAAUCCAGAUAUUCACACAGAAAUUAUUCCAACCCUGUGGUUAUCUGCCAGCUGGAAGGAGGUACUCAAAUACUCUGUGUAAACAGUUGUGGCACACAAGAACUCAAACCAAUUCAUCUAAUUCCUGAGUAUCACGACCAACAUAAUUUUCUUCAAUCAG